UUAAUUCUCCAUUGUAUAUGUACAGUAAAAAUGGCUUUAAAUUUUGACUUUCUCUUGUCCCUUUUCUCCACAUUGUAGUGCCUACCUAUUCCAGCAAACAGCGCGUGACUACCUACCAAUUGGAAAACAGUAUGAACUCCGAGAGAAAUAGUAUAAAUAGCAAUGAUUUUCUUGAAAUUAAAUGUCUGAAAUCCAGACUUUAAAACCUAUUCUGAAGAGCUGUCCCUUAAAGAGCAGGCAUUUAGUUAAGCUUUUUUCCUUCCUCAGGCGAGUGUGAAUGCCGGCUCGAGUACUUUCACAUUCUGUUUUUAACCCACUGUCAUUUGCAUGGUGAACACUUAGCUACUAUUGGUCCGUAAAGGUGUCUGCGGGUUUUUAGUUGCUUUUAUUUCACUUCUUUAAAAAAAAAAAUCAUUUCCUGAAAACCUAGUACAGAAAUGUGACCUGAUGAAGGAAGCAAGAUAAUCUUCUGGAAAUCUUUGCUUUUGCUCUACUCUGAAGGUAAUUUGCUCCAGGCAAGAGAUUUUUGGGUGCUGCUGAAAUUUCGGAGAUCUGGGAAAAUGGGGUAAUAGAAUAACACGACACCAGCUCUUAAGCAGCAACAUGUGUUGUGGUUCAAAGCCACACAAAGAAAGCUACUUAAGCAGUUGAAUGUUUUGGACUAAGCGGACAAGUGUGGUUCGGCUGCAAAGGCUGCAGAGUAGAGGGAACUUCCAGCUUAGAGAAGCUGUGAAAAAAUGGAGUCGUGGAAGAUGAGCAUCUUUAAGAGGCAGACAUCACCUUGUUCUCCAAGCUAUGAGAGAUCUCUAUCAGAACCUGCUUAUGCCAUUUCAGAGACAGGAACAAGCUUAAGGAGUUAUCCAUGGUGUGGUCCAGUAAAAAACAAGAGGAAGAAGAAUGAACAUGAUGUGUUCAAUCUGGGAAAGCCAUUGGGUGCUUAUCGGUGGCAAACACACCCCAGCCUUAGGUGCAAAGGGGACACAAGGGAAAGUAUGCAGAAUAAUAAAGAAGACUCGGAGGGAGCACAGCAAGAGGUCCUGCCAAAGAUGGUGGAUAAUGCUGCUGCUGCUGCUGCUCAUGAGGUCCUUGGAACACCAGCGAAGAAGGUGAACCGGGCCAACCCCCAGUCACUUCGGGUUCCCUUCAGCAGAUCUGUUUCAGAGCCAGAACCUCGCUGCAGAAACAGAUUUGUUAGACCGUGGCCGACUUCAGUGGAGUCUGAGCAGCAGGGGUAUUUCAUCCGUGGCAUUUUUUCGACUCUUUCCAAUGGCUUCUCAAGGAUGCUGAGUCUAAAAGGAGAUUCCACCAAUGAGCCAGUGAGAGAAGAUGUGAAAGGGCCCCCCACGCACCGUCUGUCGUGCGGCCAGUCGCCCUACACCGAGACAACGACAUGGGAGCGGAAGUACUGCAUCCUCACGGACAGCCAGCUGGUGCUGCUCAACAGGGAGAAGGAGGUGCCCGCGGAGGGAGGUUCGGAGCAGCAGACGGACUCCACCAAGGGGAGAUGCCUGCGGAGGACUGUCAGCGUCCCUUCCGAGGGUCAGUUUCCUGAGUACCCACCAGAGGGCGCCACUAAACUGGAGGUGCCAGCGGAAAGGUCCCCCCGCAGACGGAGCAUCUCAGGGACCAGCACGUCCGAGAAGCCCAGCUCCAUGGACAGUGCAUAUACCUCGCCCUUCAAAGUCCCAGGGUUCUUCAGCAAGCGCCUGAAAGGCUCCAUCAAGAGGACCAAAAGCCAGUCAAAACUGGACAGAAACACGAGCUUUCGGCUGCCAUCGCUUCGCAAUACGGAUGACAGGUCCCGCGGGCUGCCCAAACUGAAAGAGUCCCGCUCCCACGAGUCCCUGCUGAGCCCGUGCAGCGCGGUGGAGUGCCUGGACCUGGGCCGGGGCGAGCCCGUCGCGGUCAAGCCGCUGCACAGCAGCAUCCUCGGGCAGGACUUCUGCUUCGAGGUCACCUACCUGAGUGGAAGCAAAUGCUUCAGCUGCAACUCCGCCUCGGAGCGAGACAAGUGGAUGGAAAACCUCCGCAGGACAGUCCAACCCAACAAGGACAACUGCAGGAGAGCUGAAAAUGUUCUCCGUUUAUGGAUCAUCGAAGCCAAGGACCUCGCCCCUAAAAAGAAAUAUUUCUGUGAACUGUGCCUUGAUGAUACCCUCUUUGCCCGGACAACCAGCAAGACCAAAGCAGACAAUAUUUUCUGGGGUGAACAUUUUGAAUUCUACAGUCUUCCACCUCUCCAUAGCAUCACCGUUCACAUUUACAAAGAUGUGGAAAAAAAGAAAAAAAAGGACAAGAAUAAUUACGUGGGGCUAGUCAACAUCCCCACUGCCAGUGUGACUGGGCGCCAGUUCGUGGAAAAGUGGUACCCAGUGAGCACGCCCACACCCAACAAAGGAAAGACGGGGGGGCCUUCAAUUCGGAUUAAAUCGCGCUUCCAAACUAUCACCAUUCUGCCUAUGGAGCAAUACAAAGAAUUUGCGGAAUUCGUCACCAGCAACUACACCAUGCUGUGCUCCGUCCUUGAGCCAGUAAUCAGUGUGAGGAAUAAAGAGGAGUUGGCAUGUGCCUUAGUCCACAUUCUUCAAAGCACUGGGCGGGCCAAGGAUUUUCUGACCGACUUGGUGAUGUCUGAGGUGGACCGCUGCGGAGAGCAUGACGUCUUGAUCUUCAGAGAGAACACCAUCGCCACCAAGUCCAUCGAGGAGUACCUCAAGUUGGUGGGGCAGCAGUACCUUCAUGAUGCACUGGGGGAGUUCAUCAAGGCUCUGUAUGAGUCGGACGAGAACUGCGAAGUGGACCCCAGCAAAUGUUCGUCCAGCGAGCUGCUGGACCACCAGAGCAACCUGAAGAUGUGCUGCGAGCUGGCUUUCUGCAAGAUCAUCAACUCUUACUGCGUCUUCCCCCGGGAGCUGAAAGAAGUGUUCGCAUCCUGGAAGCAGCAGUGCCUGACACGUGGCAAGCAGGACAUCAGUGAGCGGCUCAUCAGCGCCUCGCUGUUCCUGCGCUUCCUCUGCCCAGCCAUCAUGUCUCCCAGCCUCUUCAACCUCAUGCAGGAGUAUCCCGACGACCGCACGUCUCGGACGCUGACCCUGAUCGCCAAGGUCAUUCAGAACCUGGCUAACUUUGCCAAAUUUGGUAACAAGGAAGAAUACAUGGCGUUCAUGAACGACUUUUUAGAGCAUGAAUGGGGCGGCAUGAAGCGCUUUCUCCUGGAGAUCUCCAAUCCGGACACCAUCUCCAACACCCCGGGCUUCGACGGCUACAUUGACCUGGGCCGGGAGCUCUCGGUUUUGCAUUCCUUGCUGUGGGAAGUAGUGUCCCAGCUCGAUAAGGGUGAAAAUUCCUUCCUACAGGCGACCGUGGCAAAACUGGGACCUCUCCCUCGCGUUCUUGCCGACAUUACCAAGUCCCUGACUAACCCCACGCCAAUACAGCAGCAGCUGAGGCGCUUCACUGAGCACAGCUCUAGUCCCAACGUCAGUGGGAGCCUCUCCUCCGGGCUGCAGAAGAUUUUCGAAGACCCCACUGACAGUGAUUUGCAUAAACUCAAGUCCCCAAGCCAGGACAACACAGAUGGCUACUUCAGGGGGAAGACACUGCUCCUGGUUCAGCAAGCCUCCUCCCAGAGCAUGACGUACUCGGAGAAGGAGGAGAAGGACGGCGGCCUUCCUAACGGACGGAGCGUCUCCCUCAUGGACCUGCAGGACACUCACGCCGCCCAAGUGGACCACGCGUCCGUCAUGCUCGACGUGCCUCUGCGCUUGACCGGGAGCCAGCUUUCCAUCACCCAGGUGGCCAGCAUCAAGCAGCUGCGGGAGACCCAGAGCACGCCCCAGAGUGCACCCCAAGUGAGAAGGCCCCUGCACCCAGCCUUGAACCAGCCCGGCACCCUCCAGCCCUUGUCGUUCCAGAACCCCGUCUAUCACCUCAGCAACCCCAUUCCUGCAAUGCCAAAGGCCUCUGUGGAUUCCAGCCUGGAGAACCUAAGCACCGCCAGUUCUAGGAGCCAAAGCAACAGUGAGGACUUCAAACUCAGCGGACCCAGCAACAGCAGCAUGGAAGACUUCAGCAAACGGAGCACGCAGAGCGAGGACUUCUCCAGGCGACACGCUGUGCCGGACAGACACGUACCCCUGGCCCCGCCCCGGCAGAACAGCACGGGCCAGGCCCCGGUCCGCAGAAUGGACCCCGCCGGACUGGGCGCACGAGCCAAAGCCCCACCGUCCCUGCCGCACAGUGCCUCCUUACGGAGCACCGGGAGCAUGUCCGUGGCCUCGGCAGCCCUGGCGGCAGAGCCCGCACAGAACGGGAGCCGGUCCCGACAGCAGUCCUCCUCAUCCCGGGAGAGCCCGGUGCCCAAAGUGCGAGCAAUCCAGAGGCCACAGGCACAGCAGGUUCAGUCACCUGUGGACUCUGCCACCAUGUCCCCGGUGGAGAGGACAGCAGCCUGGGUCCUGAACAACGGGCAGUACGAAGAGGAUGUGGAAGAAGCCGAGCAAAACCAAGAUGAGGCCAAGCACGCCGAGAAGUAUGAACAGGAGAUCACCAAACUGAAGGAGCGCCUGCGAGUGUCCAGCCGGCGGCUGGAGGAGUACGAGCGCCGGCUGCUGGUGCAGGAGCAGCAGAUGCAGAAGCUGCUGCUGGAGUACAAGGCGCGGCUGGAGGACAGCGAGGAGCGGCUGCGCCGGCAGCAGGAGGAGAAGGACAGCCAGAUGAAGAGCAUCAUCAGCAGGCUAAUGGCUGUGGAAGAGGAGUUGAAGAAAGACCACGCCGAGAUGCAGGCAGUCAUCGACGCAAAGCAGAAAAUAAUCGACGCACAGGUCCUAAAUGGAGAUGAGAUUAUUCAACCAGGAGAAGCGGAUCGUGUCCCUGGACUCGGCCAACACCAGGCUGAUGAGCGCGCUGACCCAGGUGAAGGAGCGCUACAGCCUGCAGGUCCGCAACGGCAUCUCGCCCACCCACCCCACCAAGCUUUCCAUCACGGAGAAUGGUGAAUUCAAAAACAGCAGCUGCUGACGGCCUCGGACACCAGGCAGGCUGUGGGGGGAGGAGGCGGAAGGACGCGUCCCCGCGCCCAGCGCCCCCGGGGCUCCAGGACGUUGGGACAGCCGUGGGGCGAGAAGCUCUCAGAUGAAGGAGGAACCUUGCCUUUCAGGGCAGCAGGCUAAGACUUCCGAGGUGGCCGCCUUCCCCCAGGCCUCUGUGUACAUAGGGAACGUAGUUCUGGGCCAUGUACAGAAAGUCCCCCUGUAAUAUACCCACUGGAAGUUAAUAAUGUAGAUUACCUUUUUAAUUAUUGCUAUUUUUAUUAUUGUUUUCCUCUCGUUGAAAGCACUGCAGUUGUUGAGAGAAGGCAGGUAGGAACUAUGUGUGAGUGAGAACUGAGUUCAGCGGUGGAGUAGGUAGAAACCCAGUGUCUGUCUGUCUGUCUGUCUGGUAGACGUGCACAGCGUGCAAUAGGACGUUGUCAGAAUGAGUUUUUCAGGGAUUCAUCUGCCAGUUAAAAACCCCGCUCCCAUCCCCUUGUCCUUAGGGAAACAUGAAAGUACUAAGAUCCAAACAAAACGCUUUACCCCACCGAUCAGCCAAGGCCGGUUCUGGACGGACAGCCAGUCCGAUCUGGGAUGCGCUGCUUCAAAACUGGACCGGCGCCCAAACUGGACCGGAGGGGCGGUGGCUGCCGAGCUCCUGCCGACGCCCACUUCCUUCUGUCUGUCGCAGAUGGGAACUGCCCCCUUCAGAAGGGGGUUUUUUUAACCCCAGUUUUAAUAAAGGGUGUUCUUUUUCUUCUUUA